AUGCAAGGUUUGCAACUGUCGUACCCGCCGGCACAGUUCAACUUCCAGAUCACUUAUGGUGCGGAGUCGGUAGUGCCAAUUGAACGGCUGUUCCGUUUCUUCGCACUUGAAUCCCUGGUUUUGGACCCAGUGAGGACGCUUUUCCCUCUCCAAGUCCCUCGCGACCUUGAAGUCGAUGUGACACCAUCGCAGUGGCGCAAAUACAAGCCAGACUGGGAGUCGGCCUUCAACGAGGAUUACGAGUACAUUGUCUUCCUGCCAGAGGGCCUAUAUGCGCAAGUCUACACUCACAUGUCUCGAGCUUUUCCGGAUCACAUUGUCCAAUGCCACGGAGAUGGACGUGUGGCCAAGGUUGAUGUACGUGUCAAACCUAUGGCGUACUCAGAUAUGGCAGACGCCCUGUUUCAGAUGCAGUCAGAGCUUGACUCCCUCCAUGCCGAGGUUGCAAAGCUGCGUCGUUGUCAGGAACUUAUGUUCCACAAUUUAGCAGCGCUCACCAAAGAGUGGAUGGAAGUCAACCCGGACUUGGCUGAAUUGCUGCAUCCGAUGACUCCUCAGUCCUGGCUGGCACCGAGAUCGGAGGAAUACUGACGAGCGUCCAGGUCCAAUGCUACAGCCUUGACAUCUUGCUCAUCAUGGAGAGGUUUUUGGCCGAU